UAUAAAACAGAAUUUUGUUAGUAAAUGCAAUUGUUUACAAGUGUCAGUGAAGGUUGGUGUCGGACGAUGGGAUUGCAAUAAAACCCUCUGCUACCAGUCAUGUCAAAUUCAUUGAGUGUGCAUGUCUUAAGUACUCACCCCCCUUAGGCUUGUCCUGCAAGGUUUGGUAUUUGCAUCAUGAUUCUGCUUGGGGCGUCCCCUAGUUUACGCUUGCUUCUCCAUUCCUUUCUGUACACUACAUUCAGAGCACUUCAAGGGAAAUUGCAUGCUGAGUUUAGUUUUGGUGUUUUCAAAGUCUGCCUAAUGUAAAAACUCAGAAAAAAAAAAUCCAAAUGAAAGAACCAACGAAUGCAUCAUGGUUUUAUUUGCAUCACCAAUGAUAGAGAUUAGUGGCCAAUCCUGUGACAUAGAGAACAUACCUGAAAAGUCUCAAGAAUACGUAGAUAAAACAAAGGCAGAAAAUUUCACAUUCACAGGUUUUGAUAUCAUAGACAGUAUUAGAUAUUUGUACAAAAUGGAACAUCUUUUAAAUGUCAGAACCAAACUUUCACAACACAUUGCAAAAGGAGGCAACAUGCAAGCUGCUGUUCGUAGAAUCUCUGACCCAUUACGUUGCCAACACCUCUGGGAUGCCAUCACAACAAUACGUAACCAUAAGCAGCUCCCGUCCUUUGACAGGAUCAGGCGUUACAUGAGUCGGAUGCAUAACAUGGAAUCAGAUGAAGUUGAAAAGCAUCUAGAAGAAUGUGCAUCUGACAACCUUAUUGCUGUCACACGAAAGGUUGGUCAAAAGGGCUCAAAGGUUGGCAUAGAGCAGGAAGGGUUCAGAUUGCCAACACCUCCCGAUGAGCCUGACAGACAUGACUGGUAUUGUUUUGAAUGCCACAAAGGUGGGGAGGUGGUCUGCUGUUCUAAAUGCUACCGUGUUUAUCAUGAGAAUUGUAUUAAUGUUGAGGACCAUCCGUAUGACAAUGAAGCUUUUGUUUGUGUUAUUUGCAAGAAAAGAUUGUAUCAGCGAAGCGUUAAAAGCCGUAUAAAUAGAGAAGAUUUAAAUAUGCUUUUAGCCUUUACUGUUGGUCGUUUAAGGGAGAGAUUGCCAGUCAACAUUAUGGAACGCGUGAUUCCUGCUCCAUCCCAAAAACCCGGUGUAUUCCUUAGUGAUCGUGCUGCAGCUACUAGUCACCAGUCGCUCAUUCGUUCUGAUCAACUCAGCCGUGUGUCUGCGUCAGAACCUUGGAGAGCACAACUUUUGCUCCAUCAUCAGAUGGACCUCAAUACAAUGGGUCAAAAAACUGCUGACUGCCGUUAUAAAUCUAUUUACGAUUUUGAGAUUGAUGCUCUGACUAUUGUCCAUAAUGUUGUUAUUUAUCAGGGAGUUCAUAGCACAGUAGCAGAUAUGGCAAGACAAAUGUUGAGGGAUUGCCAGUAUGAUCUGUUGGAAUUAGAACAAUGUAAGGACUGUUAUCGCAUGUCGAAUGAAAAGUCUGAUAAGUACUGGUUUUGCAAGCCUUGUCGACCACCUCACAAGUUAGUUUAUGCCAAGCAAAAAGGAUUCCCGUACUGGCCUGCCAAAGUUAUACGCGAAGAAAAUGACUUAUUUGAUGUGAGAUUUUUCGGAAGCCAGCAUCAGAGGGCAGUUAUUGAGAAGUCUCACGUUCGUCCAAUAUCUGUAAAUAUUCAUACGUUACAGGUUAAAAGAACCUCAGCUUGGAACAAAGCAUGUGAAGAACUGAAGAAACAUCAGGAACUCUUGAUGUCUACAGAUACACAAGAACCUGAUCACCGCAACGUCAGAACAGAUCCAGAAAUGCGGCAUGCGCACAGAGGCCAGACACAAUUAUUACAGUCCACUAAGAAGGAGAUAAAGGAAGAAGAGGAUGAGAGUGGACGUGAUGAAGAAAUGCAUGAUGGUGAUGACAAUGAUAUGGAUGAUGAUGACGAUGACAAUCAAGGUGACAAUGAAGAUGAUGAGGAGGAGGAGGAGGAGGAAGAAGAACAUGAAGAAGAACAAGCUUCUUCAAUUUCGUCAACCUCUAGAGCAACAAGUUCAAAGAUGAUACGGAAAGAAUUGCCAGCACCGGAAGAUGUAGUUUCUUCAUCCAGUCAAGAGUUACCAACUCGUCCUGUUGGCACUCAGACCUCUACAAGAUUAAUGAAGAUGGCGCUAGAUGAGUUUGGAGAGCGAAAUAAUAGAAGAAGUAAAGACACCGAAAAGGCCAUGCGUGAGCUUGCUGAUAAGUUAAGACGAGAAUAUGAAAGUGAAAAACAGAAGGUUCUUCAGUCAACAAUGAAGCAGAUGGAAAAAGAAAUAGAGAGAAUAAAGGAAGAAUACAAGUCCAAAAUAGCUGAUCUGGAAGAAAUACAUAAGCAAAACAUAUCAGAUACCAAGAAAAAGCAGUGGUGUUGGACGUGUGAAGCAGAAGCUAUAUAUCACUGUUGUUGGAAUACGGCGUAUUGUUCUAUAGAAUGCCAGCAAGUGCACUGGCACAAAGAGCACAAAAAAUUAUGCAGACGGAAGAGGUAACGUGCAUCUAGGUGUAUAUAAAAGGUUUGGAGAGAAUAUUUUUAUGUGUUUUAUAAAAGUUAUGUUUUUUUUAUUGAACUCAAAGUUUACGCCAUCCCUGUUUUGGGGCUUCAAAGAAUACUUGUUUAUUUAUCAAAGUAAUUUUAUCUCAAAUUGAGAGUUUUGUUCAGUAGGAUAGUAAUAUUAUACUGAGUAAAUCUAGUUUAGUUUUGUAUUGUACAUAAAGAUUAAAUACCAUUCUCAAAUAGUGGUAGAACUAGUUUGAGGAGAUUAAUUUUUUUUAACAUAGGAAAAUGAUAACCUUCUCACAUGGUCAGUUUCUUAGCACAAGGAUAUCCAGAGACUCUUCAUAUAGCCAAGGAAAGGGGAGCAUUGCAGCCUACAGAUUACCUUUAGAUUUCAACUACUGGUGGUGGAGUAGGUUGGAUGAUUGUGUGAUACUCCUUAGUAUUAGAAACAUUUGAGAAGAAAAUUAGGUAAUGGUUUCCAUGGGGUUGCUACUUCGUCUUGAAAGUACAAUUAGAAGUAUGUAGGCUAAUGGUAGAAUUACUCAUUUUGAGUAGUAAAUUGUGCAUGUUUUGUGAGUAUAUGUUAGUCUUUCCAUUUUAUAUUUAACUUUUGAGACCAAAAGUAGAACUCCUGGUUAUCAAACUUCUACUGUGGUAAGAGCUCCAAGAUUGCAGGUUAAUUAAAGGUGUUGUACAUAUUUGUACAUAUUUAACUGUUUAUGUAAAGUAGCAUCACAAGCAGAAGUUGUAUUUUACCAUAUUGAAUAUUUGUACCAAACUUCAUUAUUAUGAGGUCAUUCUUUAACUGGUGAGGAUUGUGCUCUGCUUUGAUGGUGUCAUUGUGGAUGAGCUGAAUGUUUAUCUUGUACACAGUGCAGGAAAUGGAAAAAGUGUGAAGUCCUUCCUACAAAUGUAUGUACUAUUGGUGUUUAGUUUAAGGUUAAGUUAAAACGUCAAUCUGAUUGCAAAACAAAGUUAGAAUAAUGUUAAUAGAUUUGCUGUUUUUUUUUUUUUAAUUUUUGAUCAGUUAGAAUUCAUAGUUUAUUUUAAAAAAGUCCCAGGUGACAACUAAGUCUUUCCGGUGGUAAAAGUGGCAAUAUUCCAGAUACAUUUGUUUAUAAACCUGAAAUUGAAAUAUAUUGCAAAAUUGUGAGGGUAAAGGAGCAUCAUUUCUAGUCACAGAAGAGUAAAGAGGUCCUUGAACAUCAUGGGUAAUGAAACAUAUUAAAGCAACUAAUCCAGUUAAUAGCAAUAAGUACAAGAGAAUAAUGGUACAGUGCAUUAUUGAAAUUGUUUUUUCAUUUUGAGUAUGCAGUCAGUGUCAGUACAGUAUUUGAUUUUUGACUGCUGAAAAAUUGCUGUGUGAAUAUUAGUAAAAGCUGAGACAAUGAAAUGCAAUGUCCUUAUGAUUUGCAAAAUAUCUUAGAUUUAAAUUAAUGUUAGUCAUGGCACUUUGCAACAUGAGCUAUCAAGAGUGUGAGAGCAAAGAAAAGCGGUUUUGUGUCUACACACUGCCUCAGUUUUUUCUAUGUAUUACUCGUUAUUCCUUUUCGCUUAGUAUAAAGCCAAACUCUAGCCAAUUGCAUCAUCAGUGUAAAUGACUUGAGUUUUUCUUCUGAUAUAAUAUAUUAUUAGAACUUUGUAAGAUGAAAAAGUUUAAAGUAAAAAAAAAAAGAAUUUAUACACAAAUUAUAAUCCUUAAGAUUUAACCCUUUAACGCCGAAGGGGUAUAAUAAAAAUCGUCUCCCGUAUGCCGAGGGGGUCUCGGAGUGAGCGCCGAAGCGGAAAAAUAUUUUUUUCAAAAAAUCACAGCGCGCUUAGUUUUCAAGAUUAAGAGUUCAGUUUUGGCUCCUUUUUUUGUCAUUGCCUGAAGUUUUGUAUGCAACCAUCAGAAAUGAAAAAAAAUAUUAUCUUCUUCUUCUUCUUCUUCUUCUUCCCAGCUUUUUCCCAUUUUAUAUGGGGUCGCCGUUUCGGAUGAGCCGUUUCCAUCUAUUUCUAUCUUGCACUUCUGCCUCAUCAAUUCCCUUCUCAUGUAAAUCUCCUCUCACACAGUCCUUCCAUCUCUUUCUUGGUCUCCCUCUCUUUCUUCUUCCUUGCACCUCCACUCCCAUAGUAUGUCUCCCAGCGUGGUCCUCAUCUCUCCUCAACAGGUGUCCAUACCAUCUCAGCCUCCCCUCCUGCACUUUCUUUGAUACUUCCACCACCUUAGUUGACCCCCUUAUGUAGUCAUUUCUGAUCCUAUCCACUCUUGUUACCCCAGACAUCCACCUAAGCAUUCUCAUUUCUGCCACAUCCA